AUGGCGAGCCACGAUAAGGAUGCGGACUUUGCCGACUUUGGCGAUGCUCCGGUCGUCGCCGACACCUCGCCUCCUCCCGUAGCUGGUCUCGGCAUCAACCCAUCGAGCAGGCCCUACACGAAAUGGUACAACGUCCAUGAGCGCCACUCCUUGAGCGAGUUCCGCCUGGAGGGCUACAUCAUUGGCAUCAUUGCCAUCCUUCUCGCCUUCCACCUCUACGGCUCGCGCAGGAACCGGUCCAAGGCCAAGAACUUCAUGGCCAAGCACCUCGGCGUCCUCAAGCGCGAGUUUGCCCAGGUCGGCUUCGGCGGCGAGAGCCACAUUCGCGAAAAGUCCCUCUUCGAGUUCGAGGCCUACGCGACUGGUCGCCAGAACGUGGCCUUCCUCGACAUCAACCUGGUGAUGAAGAAGCGCUUCAACCCCAUCCUCGGCGGUGUCGAGGAGGCCAAGACCGUGCCCUCGAUCCCCGGGAACGAGCCCAAGGUUGAGAAGUCGAGCUACGACGGCUUCGUCUGGGCCGUCGUCAACAAGAACUGCAUGCAGGCCGUCCGUGAUGAGCGCUACGAUGCCUCCAUCACCUCGACCAAGGACAACUCCAACCUUCCCCCUUGGCUUACUGUCAUGAGCGAGAGCGCUGAGAUCACCAACCUCCUCUUGACUCCUGAGCUUGCCGAGGCUGCGAAGAAGGCUGGUGAUCUCCUCGAGUAUCUCCUCAUCUCCGAUCAGCCUACUGAUAAGCCUGUCACCCUCGAUGACACCGCGCCCCGCAAGCGCGUCUUUAUCCGAUACCGACUGCCCUCGAAUGAUCAGGAGUAUGAGGAUAUCCUCCCCAUCUUCUCCUACUUCCUCCGCCUUCCCGACGUCCUUGUCAAGAAUGCCCACUUGCGGCCUGAGGUUCUUCGCAAGGUCCGCGCCACCCGUGACGAUGCCAUCUCUCAGAUUAAGAAGGCCGACGAUGACCUCAAGGCUGAAGAGCGCUACCUCGAGCGCGAGAAGGCCAAGAAGGCUAAGCGCGAUGAGCAGCUCAAGGCCAUGGAUGCUAAGACUCAGAAGAAGUUUUGGAGCGCGAGCGGGCUCAUCAUUGGAGCGGCUCUUUGCCGAGUUACCCCCAGCCCGGUGCGAAGACUAGGCAGGGAGAAGAAGGCGGAUUCGCGCAACAACGCGGGAAACAUCCAGGAACUGACAGAGUUGGUGGCCUCUGUGACAAUACAGGAUAAGAAGGAGGAGGUUCAGGACGAAAUAGCGAGGCAACCACAGGAACAGCAGCAAACAGAAGAAGAGCCCGUCAAGGUGGACGCGCCGAAGACGAGGCGAGGGGCCAAGAAGGAGCAGAUGAUCACGGUGGUCGAGCCGCCGGCCGAAGCGCAAGACGAGCCGAGCAUGACGGAAGGAGUCGAGGAAGGGCUCCGCAUCAUCUCGUGGGACGACGUGUGCCCGUUUGGCGACCGGAUCGAAAAGAUUGCGGAGGCGUCCUACGCAGAGGUCUACCGCGUGACCAACGAGCGCGGCAUCAGCAUCAUCAAGGUGAUUCGGCUCAAGUCGCCGAUCCGGGCGCAGACCAAGGCGCAGGAGCGGUCGGGGCUCGUGGACGAGGAGCCGCACGACGAGGAAGACCUGAUGGGCGAGCUCCAGAUCUCGGAGUGGCUGGCCGACAUACCGGGCUUCGUGGUGUACAAGGACCGCUACAUCGUGCGGGGCAAGGCGCCCAAGGCGCUGGUGGAGACGCACCAGGCGUUCCAGCGCAAGGUCAAGCGCAAGGAUCCGGACCGGUUGCAGUUUUACCCGUCGCCGACGCGGUACCUCGAGGGGACCAAGUUUUUGGUCGUGGAGCUGGGGGACGCGGGGACGGCGCUGGAGGAUUUUGGGCUGGUGAGCGUGGAGCAGGUGUGGGAUGUGUUUUUGCUCGUGGCGAUUGCGCUUGCGCGGGCGGAGGAUCUGAUUCUCUUUGAGCACCGGGAUCUGCAUGAGGGUAACCUCUGUAUUCGCCAAGUUGACGCCCCUAAACCGCGAAACCCGGCUCUCCCGGACGUUCGGUUCGGGUAUUCAGGCCUCGACAUCACCAUCCUCGACUACGGUCUCUCCCGCGCUGAGGACCCUUACGCGGCGGAAGAUUUCUACUACGACGAGGAGGACGAGGCUGAGGACGACUCGGUCCCGCCGCCCUGCCUGCCGCCCGAGAAGCACGUGGAGCCGUACGCGCGGGCGUUUGACGGAGCGCCCAUAUCGUGGGCGGCGUUUGCGCCGUACACCAAUGUGCUGUGGCUGGCGUACAUUUACGAGUACCUGCUGGACCGUUUUCUCGCGUGCGGUGGUAGCAGCAGCAGCGCCGCGGAGGGCAAGAGGGAGCUGGCGCGGUUUAAGCGGGAGACCAAGGAGCUGUGGGCGCACCUGAACCCGGGGGCCAAGGCGGGCACGCCGACGUUUGGCAGCGCGGGGACGUGGUGA